AUGAAUCUAAUUAUUCGUAUGUUUAUACUUUUCAUCGCUUCUCCGGUCGAUUCAACUGAUAACAUCGACGUUUGUCCAACUUUUUGCGACUGCACCAAAUGGGACAGUACGAAAACAGUGUCAUGCUUCGAAAUUGACGUCCUACCUGCAUUCCAUCCCAGCACUAAAGAGCUGUGGCUUGUGGAGACAAGACUGACCUCCAUAUCUCAGCAUGCCUUCGCCAACUUGAUCAACAUCUCUCACAUUUACAUAUCAGAUGAUGAAAGUCUGAGGAGUCUGGAGAGACAUUCUUUUCACAAGCUGCCCAAGGCUAUCCACAUAGAGAUAAGGAGUAUCAGGAGCCUGUCUUACAUUGACCCAGAGGCAUUCAAGGACCUAACAAACUUAAAGUACCUGGGUAUCUUUAACACUGGCCUGCCCUCCUUCCCUGCUCUGGGCCAGAUCCGUUCCAGCCAGGACGACUUCAUCUUGGAAAUUGUGGAUAACCUCUUCAUCAGAGAAAUUCCUGCCAACUCAUUUAAUGGGAUCUCAGAGAAUGAAAUCACCAUGAUGCUGAACAGCAACGGUCUGACGGACAUCCAACCCUACGCCUUCAAUGGAACCAGACUGGAGGAAGUGUACCUCUAUAGGAAUGUGGAUCUGGUGCGGUUGGACGAAAGGACAUUUUCUGGCGUGAUCAGCGGGCCAACUCUUCUAGACGUUUCCGAAUCAAGAGUGAACUCCUUACCCACAAUGGGUCUGGAGGCUGUUCAGAAACUCAAAGCUAAAAACACUUGGGCCCUCAAGAAACUACCCCCCCUGAGGGCCUUCCAGCAUCUGCAGAGUGCUGAGCUCACCUACCCCAGUCACUGCUGUGGACUGAGCAAAGUGAAGAGGAGGAGAGGACACGUGGAGUCCGUCAUUUGCAACCUGACCAGCUCUACAAGACGACAACAAUCAACUAGGCCCUCUGGAACCCCUUCUGAGGCCUACGAGGGGCAGCACCCCAAGCACCCUCAUCCCACCAGCAGCAACCCUUCCCCCCGAGACCCCCACCCCCACGACUACCAGUACUACUACGAUAACUACAGCUGUCCCCCCUCCGGUGAGUGCUUCUACAUAGUGUUCCCUACGGAGGGCCCAGACGAAGGCUUUGACUAUACCCUGUGCGAUGACGACAGGGAGGACCAGGGGGUCCCCUGCACCCCUCUGCCCGAUGCCUUCAACCCCUGUGAGGACGUGAUGAGCCUGGGGUUCCUGCGGGUGUCUGUUUGGCUGGUUAGCUUGCUAGCCGUUCUGGCUAACCUCUUGUUCCUGUUCAUCCUGCUGACCAGCCACUACAAACUGACCAUCACCCGCUUCCUCCUAUGCAACCUGGCCAUGGCAGAUCUCUUCAUGGGUGUGUACCUCUUGCUCAUCGCAUCUGUGGACCUCUACACGCGCUCCCAGUACCACCACUACGCCAUUGACUGGCAGACUGGUGCCGGAUGCCAACUGGCUGGGGUGCUCACAGUGUUCGCCAGCGAGCUGUCGGUCUACACGCUGACCGCCAUUACUCUCCAGCGCUGGCACGCCAUCACCUUCGCUAUGAGGCCCGAGAGGAAAGUGCGACUACGCCACAUAGUUGUGCUAAUGCUAGCCGGAUGGAUGCUCUGCCUGGUGUUAGCUGUGCUACCGCUAGCUGGCGUUAGCAGCUACCAGAGGGUUAGCAUCUGCUUGCCCAUGGACACAGACUCAACCGCGGCCAUGGUCUACGUGGUCACCCUGCUAAUGCUGAACGUGCUCGCAUUCGUGUUGGUGAGCGUGUGCUACGUACACAUCUACUGCAUGGUGCACAACCCACAGCACCCGUCGAGCCGAGGAGACGCCAGCAUGGCCAAACGCAUGGCCGUGCUUAUCUUCACCAAUUUCCUGUGUCUGGCACCCAUCUCCUUCUAUGGCCUGUCUGCAGUGCUGCACCACCCACUCAUCACCGUCACCGACUCCAAGGUGCUGCUGGUGCUAUUUUACCCGCUGAACUCAUGUGCCAACCCCUUCCUGUAUGGUAUCCUGACACGAGCCUUCCAUGGGGACGUCCUGAUUCUGCUGAGCCGCUUGGGGCUGUGUCAACGUCAGGCCCAGCUCUUCCGAGGAGCGCAGUUCGACGUGGGCAGCCCCGCUGAGGUCAAGAGGCGCCAAGGGGUCCCCCGUCUUGGAGCCCACAUACCCCAGAUCCUGGAGCUCCGCAAAAGGCAGAGACCGUAAUGACACCAAGGAGCAGGUCAUCGAACUGGAGGGUCCCAACGCGAUGCCAAACACCUGGGAGAAUUACAGCCACAGCUGAGAGGCUGGAUUUUGUUGGUUCUCCAGUUGAAUGGUGGUUCCCGUACCUUUCGGACAGACAAAACCAUGUAUCAGGUCCCAAUUAAGUGCUGGAUUCAAUCCAUAUUGCAGAAGUAUCACGGAAGGUCUGCAUUCAAAUGUAAAGGUAAUUUUUGUUUGAGCCGACAUAUGCAGCAUUUAUAGUGAAUGCAGUCU